AUGUCUCAAUCGUGUGUGAAUAGUGAACCCUAUGUGGACAAUCGUAUCGGUCUCGAUAUACCUCGUGAAGGGAUUGAUGAGCUCAUCUAUGCCAUUGCUACUUCGCUGCCUGGUGAUGAUGAACGCCUUCUCGGCUGGUUUUUAGCUAUGGCCAACAAUACACACUUCUGGGAAAGCAUGAGUGAACCGUUGAGUCAACACAUUCAACAAGCGUUUCAAAGUAUUUGGGAUCUGGUUGGAGUAUUGGCAGAACGAGUUCAACAAUGGCCACCGCUGCCAUUAUCUGACACGAUCCCCCGACCACCUCCGCUUUCACCGAACUCCUCGUUGUCGGAACAAGACAAGAGCAAUACAAAAUGUGAAUAUAUUCUUAUGUGA